AUGCGAAUUGGGUCAAUGCCAAGGGUGAGUGCAUCGACAUGGACUCUAUACAUGCAUAAUAAUGGUGCCGGGGAGCUAACUGGAGACGUGCUCAUGACAGGUGCCUGGACCAUUCAUUUCGUUUUAAUCAUUGCCCUGAAGAUCUUCUACGACAUCAUUCCCGGAGUCUCGCAGGAAACCUCAUGGACCUUGACCAAUAUCAGCUACAUGUUCGGCUCGUUCCUUAUGUUCCACUGGGUGCGGGGCAUCCCUUUCGAAUUCAACGCGGGUGCCUAUGAUAAUCUCAACAUGUGGGAGCAAAUUGACAAUGGAGAUCAAUAUACCCCGACGAAGAAGUUCUUGCUAUGCGUGCCGAUCUGUCUUUUCCUUCUCAGCACGCAUUAUACUCAUUACGACUUGACGUAUUUCACCAUCAACUUCUUAGCUACUCUGGGAGUGGUUAUUCCGAAGCUUCCAUUUUCCCACCGCCUGCGAAUAGGUCUUUUCUCUCCCGAACCAGAGGAGUAG